UCCUUGGCUAGAAAAAAAAACCGGAACUCGUGCAGAAUAAACACACACCACAGUCAAGUUCGCAAAUACCGCCGGCCCUUCGACUCGCGGUGUGGUCAACCCCCGCGGUGUUAACUGAGCUGAGGUCACGAUGCAAAUCCAGAGCAACAUCCAGAGUGUGAACUCGAUCUUCGGGUGCAACUCGUCCGGCCACAGCGGCAUCAACCAGCUCGGUGGCGUGUACGUCAACGGGCGCCCGCUGCCGGACUCGACGCGCCAGAAGAUCGUCGAGCUGGCGCACUCCGGUGCCCGGCCCUGCGACAUCUCGCGCAUCCUGCAGGUGUCGAACGGGUGCGUGAGCAAGAUACUGGGCCGCUACUACGAAACCGGCUCGAUCAAACCGCGCGCCAUCGGCGGCAGCAAGCCGCGCGUCGCGACGGCGGCGGUCGUGUCGAAGAUCGCCGAGUACAAGGCCGAGUGUCCGAGCAUCUUCGCGUGGGAAAUCCGCGACCGUUUGCUGUCCGAGGGCACCUGCAACAACGAUAACAUCCCAAGCGUUUCCUCCAUUAAUCGGGUGCUGCGGAACCUGGCGUCGAACAAGGAAACUUCGUCGCAGAGCAACGAAACGGUGUACGAGAAGAUCAAGCUCUUCAACAACACCAGCGGCCACUGGACCUGGUGCCAGAACAUUGGCAGCGGCCAGUUCAACUUCUCCUCCCACCCGAUCCCGCACCUCUCGCUCAAGUCCCCCGCCGAGCAACCGCCGAAGCCGCGUAAGUACCACAUGGACCUGCCGCUUGGUGAAAGCGGCCAAUUGCCAAUCUGCCGCUCUGUUUCGGUUCACCCCGUUCCCCGCGCAGCCAACUGUUGCCUGGAGGAGAUGAGCGACAAGUACUCGUCCGAGGACGACGAGGACUCCGAGUUGCGGCUGAAGCUGAAGCGCAAGCUGCAGCGGAACCGGACUUCGUUUACCAACGAGCAGAUAGAGAACCUAGAAAGAGAAUUCGAGCGCACCCACUAUCCGGACGUGUUCGCUCGCGAACGGCUGUCGGAACGCAUCCAGCUGCCGGAAGCGCGCAUACAGGUAAUAGGUAGCCGCGGUAGCCAGGGCUUGCCCGGCCCGCGCGCGAGGUAGAGGGUGUAAUACACACAGGUAACUUGCAAUCAUUUUACCCGAAAACUACUCAAUUCUGAACUUGCGAUCUAUGUACGUGCCAUAACCCGACUACCGACUCGA